AUGUCUGUAUUUCUACUGAUGCGUGAAAGCCUCUAUAGUAUACUGAUGACGAGCAAACACUCCUUUUUUACUUCACUGCUGAAAUGCGCUCAACCACGGAGUGACGUCAGCCGCCGUUCUUGAAUGCACCACAAACCGCAGAGUCCGAGUGAGCCGCUGAAAGUCAGAUCUGUUCUUCAAAGCAGACUUUCAGCUUUAUUUCAAGCUUAAAUGUAAACUGAUGUAGUCAGUAUUUACAGUCAGGCUCUGUUAUUGACUGAAAACAGAGACAGACUCAGACAUUUAGAACAAACUAAGAGUCGGAUCAGCACAAAUACUGACACAGAGAUGGCUGCUGGCACUGCGCUGCUCUGCUGCACUUUGCUGUUUGUCCAUGUCUUCGUCUCUGCAGGUCAGAGAUUCAUGAGUCGUAGGAUCCUGAGAGUUGCAGUUCUGCGGAAAAGCUCAACCCGUCGAUCCAGCUCUCAGCGCACCAACACCAGACCGUUCUCUUUCCCACACAUCCAAAAAUACCAGAAAAACAUCACAGCUGAGUCUGGACAGGACGUCACUCUGACAUGUCGAGCUCCAAACAACAACAUCUUUGCUGUAGAGUGGAGCAGAGGUAGCCUGGGAGAUGAAUAUGUCUUUGUGUACCGCAAAAGUCACUUUGAUCCAGAGUACCAGCAUCCAUCUUUUAAGAACCGGGUGGAUCUGCAGGACAGACAGAUGAAGGAUGGAAACGUGUCUUUCAUUCUGAAGGAUGUGACGAUUAAUGACACUGGAACAUACAAGUGUCUUGUCUAUGUAGAAGAAACAAAGCCACGGCGGCUCAUCAACAUCAUCCACCUGACUGUUGAUCCUCCAGACAAACACACCACCACACCUCCACCUACAUCCACUCUUCCUCCUGUUCUCUCUGUACUGUUGCCCAUUGGGUCAGUCUAUGUUGUGGUUCUACUGGUGUUACUGGUUCUGCUGGUGAGACGAUGUGUUCACAGGAAACUUGAAGCAGAUGGAGAAGAUGACAUCACCAGUAGCAUCACAUACAGUGUUGUGAAAUCAUCAAAUCAUCAACAACCUCCAGUCAAAGAAGCCAGAGAGAGAGAGACUGAUUCAGCUGUGAUCUACUCAGCAGUGAGAACUGAAGACGUCAGUCAUGGACAAACAACCAUCAGAACAAGGAGGCUCAGGUACAGCUGCUCUUUAUCUGUGACUGUGGACAGAGACAAGCUCGCUGCUCACCCUGUUUACAGACAUCAUGCUAAGCUAAGCUAAUCUGCCAUGACAGUAGGAGAAAAAAUGACAAGCUUUACUUUAUCUUGAAAGAGGAGUAACAGUGUACACAGAAUCUGUGAAGAGCAAGUGAUAGGUUUAUAGCUUAACCCUAUUCGCUGGAACGUUGAAGGCAAUGUAAUUACACAGCAAGCAAGACUCGAGUAGGCAACAUUCUUUAUGUUUCACGUGCACGGGAGAGAACCGGACAGGC